AUGCUUCGUAUAGCCUGUUUUUGGGGAGGAGAACGUCGCAAGGAGGAAGCGUACAAAACGUCAUUGUGUGGAGAAUUCCGAAAAACUAAAAAAUGUGGGUAUGGAGAACGUUGCACUUUUGCGCAUGGUGAGGAAGAACUUCGUCCUCCACCGAAGGCUCAUCCGAAAUACAAAACUCAACUAUGUAAAAAUUUUAUUAGGGAUAAUUACUGUCCCUAUGGUGACCGUUGCAUGUAUAUUCAUGAACGUUGCAAUGGAAGUGUGGGAUUCACUGAUGUGAUGAAAAUAGAUGGCCCGGAAAAUGCCGAAAACAAUUCCUCACAUGUGGAUAGCUUUAGUGUGGGACAAGUGAAUGGAAGUAUCAGGUGCAUGAGCUCACCGGUCACCCGCGAUAAAUGUCCAUUAUAUGCAGGAAAAGGUGACUUUUGCCACUCUUUAACGAGCACGGGUUUCAAUAGAGCAGGAAAUAUAGGAUAUUUCGCAGAGACGGUCAGCAAUCAAAAUGCUGAAAAUAAUGCAUAUGGAAAUCAACCACUUGGUUAUAUAAACCCCGUUGGAAGUAACAGCAUUUUUGAUCAACUCAAUCCGGUUGAUUAUGACCGUCUACUCUUGCAACUCAGUAAUAUGUUAGUCUAA